ACGCGACAUGUCGAGAAGGUGCUAGUCACCACUGAUGCCUAAUAGCAAUGCUCUUUUAAUAAUUCUCUUUUUAUUAGGGUUGUCCACAAAAGAAUUUGUCUAAAUUAUUAAUGAUCAUGUUUAAUUAAAUUAAACCUAAUCUUAAACCAUUAUUAGUAGUAGACUCUAGUACUACAAACCCCCAUAUUGUUUCCCAUAAAUACCCCUUUACUACACCUCUCAUCCUCACAACAACACCAAACUUUCUCAUUCAGACAUUUUCACAAACACUUUCUCUACUCUCUCUUCAAUAUGACUAAAGACGUUGAAGUAACCGAAGCCGGCGAGUUUCCGGCCAAGGACUACCACGACCCACCUCCCACUCCCUUCUUCGACCCCGAUGAACUAACCAAAUGGUCUUUCUACAGAGCUCUAAUCGCCGAAUUCAUCGCCACACUCCUCUUCCUCUACAUAACUGUCUUAACAGUCAUCGGCUACAAAAGCCAAACCGAUCCAAACAUCGAAGGCGUCGACGAGUGCGGCGGUGUCGGAAUUCUCGGAAUCGCUUGGGCUUUUGGUGGAAUGAUCUUCAUCCUGGUUUACUGCACCGCUGGAAUCUCUGGUGGACAUAUUAAUCCGGCGGUGACAUUCGGACUGUUCUUGGCGAGAAAAGUGUCUUUGAUUAGAGCUGUGUUGUAUAUGGUGGCUCAGUGUUUGGGUGCGAUUUGUGGAGUUGGAUUGGUUAAAGCUUUUCAGAGCUCGUAUUACAACAGAUAUGGAGGUGGAGCUAAUACCAUGGCUGGUGGUUACAGCAAAGGAGUGGGUUUGGGUGCUGAGAUUAUUGGUACUUUUGUUCUUGUUUACACAGUCUUCUCUGCUACUGAUCCCAAGAGAAAUGCCAGAGAUUCUCAUGUUCCUGUUUUGGCACCAUUGCCAAUUGGAUUUGCUGUGUUUAUGGUUCAUUUGGCUACUAUUCCGAUCACCGGAACUGGAAUUAAUCCGGCAAGGAGUUUUGGUGCUGCUGUUAUUUACAACAGUGAAAAAGCUUGGAAUGAACACUGGAUUUUCUGGGUUGGACCAUUUAUUGGUGCUGCAAUUGCUGCUUUCUACCACCAAUUUGUUCUAAGAGCUGCAGCCAUCAAAGCUCUUGGAUCCUUCAGGAGCAAUGCUUAAUUAGUUUCUUAAUUUGGUUUGGUUUCCAAAAAAGAAAAAUAACAAUUUGAGGGGUUCUUCUGUCAAUGUGCUAAUGACCCUUUUGUCCUUGUAAUGGGAUUUUAGGGAAAGAGAAAUUCAAGGGUAAAAUGGGAAUUGUAGAUAAAAAAAAAAUUGGGGGCAAAAGGGUUGUAUUUUCCAUUCCCAUUUUCUUUGAUCAUCAUCAUCAUCUGUAUUACUCUUUGUAUUGCUUUGUUUGUAUUUAUUUAUGUGGCUGUAAUUUGUGUAUUA